AUGAAGGUCGUCUAUACCCUCUUGGCUGCAGCUCUUGUUGGCUCCGUUACUGCUUCGCCUGUAGCAGGUGGUAACACAUACCAAGAUGUUAAAGGUCAUGAUGAUCAUGAUGACAAGGAUCAUUAUGAUUGCAAAUGGAACGCCAACUCAAACAACAACCAGAAUGUUAAUCUCAACAGUAAUGUCAAUGCCAACACCAAUGCCAAUGUGGAUUCCAACGUGGCAACGUUUACACCUUCUCCUGUAACCCCUCUAACUCUAAGUGAAAGUGCAACCUCUUCAGUCUUUACAUCUACAUCCACAGCCUCCGCAACUCCAACUGCUGCCACCAACGAGGGAAAUAACGCCAAUGUCAAUCAGAAUACUAACACAAACACAAACACAAACACAAAUAUCAACGUGAAUACCAACAACAACGUCAACACCAACAUCAAUAACAUCAAUAAUGCAGCACCCGCGACAGGUGGUGGAGGCACCGGCGGUGAUACCGGGGUCGGUGGAGGAGAUGCCAACCCCUUUGAUUAUAGAUGCCACGGAGAAUGGUGUCCCAACUUUUUCCCGGGUUGCGAAAUCUGGGACUGGAAAAACUGCAAGUGUGGUGGCCGCUUCUGCAUCAAUUUUGAGACCAAUUGCCGCGUUUGGGAUUGGGACAACUGCAGAUGCCGUGAACGAAGAUAG